AAUGCGCGCGCUCGUUCAGUCCGGCACUAGCGCUCCAAUCCGAUCCAUCCGGACACUCGAGCAUUGUCCCGCCGAUUUAUUUGAAUAAAAAAACAUUAACAAUAAUUUGAGGGGAAACAGUUGUCGAUUAUCACGCGUUGGGGUUUUGCACUUGGAUUUGGUGCUCCUCAGUGUUAUGUGCGCGUUCAAGUAAAUAAACAGCUGGACAUAUUGGAAAAAUGACGAACAGCAUGAAGCAAACUGUUAUCAAAAACCCAACAUGGUGGAAGCGCAGAUCGGCAAUGGAGCGUGGGCUAACGGUUGUAGCAGUGUCUGGUAUUCUUUUAUGUAUCGCUAUGGCAAUAGCCAUUGGCGUUAUCGUUGCGAAUUCCAACUCGUGCGAUGUUAACAAUAACGCAGCAGUUCCUGCUAAAACCGAGAUGCUACCAUUCGCAGUGGAGGCGCCAGUCGGAAAAAUGGAAAAAUCAGCGCCGACUGUUAUCAGAGGACCAGAUGCAACCUGCACGACCCCAGCUUGUGUUCAUGCCGCGUCAAAGGUCUUGAAGAACAUGGACAGAAACGUCGAGCCCUGCGAUGACUUCUACAAAUUCGCUUGCGGUGGAUUCUUAAAGAAUUCAUUGAUUCCAGACGACAAAGUCAGUGUCAAUACGUUUAGUGUCAUCAGUGAUAAAGUCCAGGAGCAGUUGAGGAUCAGUAUUGAGGAGCCGAGUGCUCCCAUGGAACCGAAGCCAUUCAAGCUUGCUAAGAAUUUGUAUAAAUCCUGCAUGAAUAAGACUGCAAUCGAAGCUCAGGGUCUGAAGCCUCUGCUGAACAUCCUCCAGAAGCUGGGGGGAUGGCCGGUUCUGGACGGAGACCAGUGGAAUGAGGAGGGUUUCGACUGGAUUCAAUCGGUGUACAAAUUCAAGGACCUGGGUUACUCAGUCGAUUACUUCCUCGACUUCAGCGUGGGGGUGGACCUGAAGAACAGCACAAAACGAGUGAUUGAUUUAGAUCAGGCGUCGUUGGGACUGUCACGCGAGUACUUGUCCAAAGGGUUGGAUGAGAAGAUAGUGAAGGCGUACUACAAUUACAUGGUGGACAUUGCAGUAAUUCUGGGUGCAAAACGAGAUAUUGCUGAGAAGCAGCUGCUCCAGUCUCUGAAGUUUGAGAUUAAAUUGGCCAAUAUUUCCCUGCCAAACGAGAAACGACGUAAUGCCACACUUCUCUACAAUCCAAUGACAAUUGCCCAGCUUUCCCAGGCGUACCCCAGCAUCCCUUGGAAGGACUACUUCAAUCGGCUUCUUCCACCCGCGAUUCGAGUUGACGAGAAUGAAGUGGCAAUUGUCAACGUCCCCAGCUUCAUCUCGAGCCUCGAAAAGCUCCUGAGAGAGACCCCCAAGCGAAUCCAAGCCAACUACGUUAUGUGGAGGGCAGCAGCAGCUUCCGUCAGUUACUCCAACGACCAAAUAAGAAAACGACAGCUCCAGUACUCUACUGCUCUCAGUGGAAGAACUGAAAGGGAGUCCCGCUGGAAGGAGUGCGUUGAUAUUGUCUCAGGGAGCCUUUCCAUAAGCGUUGGGGCUCAGUAUGUCAGGAAGUACUUCAACGAGGACGCCAAGAAGAAUGCCAUCGAGAUGGUGAACGACAUCAGGAAGCAGUUCAACCAGAUUCUGAAGAAGGUCGACUGGAUGGACAAGGAAACAAGGAAAAGUGCUCUGGAAAAAGCUGCUUCCAUGACCAGCCAUAUUGCUUAUCCUGACGAGCUUCUUGAUGAUCGAAAACUGGAGGAGUUUUACCAGGAUUUGGAACUUACUGAUGAGAACUACCUACAGGGCAUUCUUAAUCUGACGCUGUUUGGGGCUGAGUACUCGUUCAGCAAGUUGAGGAAACCGGUUAAUAAGAGUGACUGGGUGACACAUGGAAGACCUGCGAUUGUUAAUGCUUUCUAUUCUUCGAUUGAGAACAGUAUACAGUUCCCAGCUGGCAUUCUCCAGGAUGCUUUCUUCAGUAACGAUCGUCCAAGGUACAUGAACUACGGUGCCAUUGGUUUUGUCAUCGGUCACGAAAUAACCCACGGAUUCGACGAUCAAGGACGACAAUUCGAUAAAGAGGGAAACCUCGUCGACUGGUGGGCGCCAUCCACCAAAGAAAAAUACCUCGCUAAGGCGCAAUGUAUUAUCGAUCAAUAUGGAAAUUACUCGGUAGAAGAGGUUGGAUUGAAUCUGAAUGGAAUAAAUACUCAAGGAGAGAACAUUGCUGACAAUGGAGGGAUCAAGGAAGCUUACUUGGCCUACAACGACUGGUCAGCACGCAAUGGUGAAGAGCCAAUGCUCCCCGGCCUCCCCUACUCUCCUAGACAAAUGUUCUGGAUAAGUGCAGCCAACACCUGGUGCUCUGUAUAUCGCCCUGAAGCCCUCAAACUCCGUAUCACCACUGGAUUCCAUAGCCCUGGGGAAUUCCGUAUUUUGGGACCACUCUCCAACAUGCCAGAAUUUUCCGAAGACUUCAAAUGCCCUGUGGGCUCCAAAAUGAACCCAGAGAAUAAAUGUGCUGUGUGGUAACUCUUUCAUUUACGUUUUUGAGGUAAUAAAGUGGUUCUACCCUGUUCUUGUGAUGUUCAUACUCUCCAAAGCUUCACAAUUGAAAUUGAUUUGUCAUGAGAUUUUGAAAAAUGUAUUUUAAAGACAAUUUUGCAUAUUUUUAAAAAUAUUUCAGAGUCCAUAAGUUAUGUUCUGAAUUUCAGAUCAACAUAAGUGAUCUGCUGGAGUUACCCCUUGUCAUAUCAGUCCCAGAAAUAUUCCCCUUUGCCAAAUAACGAGUAUGAAGAAACCUAACCUAACCUUGAUGUUUUAUUUUUUGUCUCUACUUUAGGGCCUAAUAUAAUUGUGAGAAAUGUUGUUAAGGAUUUUGUAUAUAAAUACGAUUUCUGAUUCGACAAUAAGUCCCCUAACGACAAAUUAUGACAGUGAACAACAAAAAUUGGCAGUUUUAAUGCAUUUUGGGGGUUUGAGUGAUAACAGUCGAGGGGUUACAGAGAAACCAACAAAUGACAUUUUUUAAUCAUGCAACUUAGUAAUAGAAACGAAAUAUAAAAUUGAAUUUGCAUAAUUAAGUCCAAUUACUGUGACAAAAGAUGAACCGUAUCAAACAGUUAUUGAAAAUUGGAAGUUUGUUGAGCAUUGAUGUUUCGGAGUUAUUCCCUGCACUUAGAGCAUGGGUAUAUCGCACCUGUGUCCGCCAUAGAAAUAGAGCCUAAUGUUAAGGAUUUUUGGUAUACAUAGUUCGUCUAUUUAUUAAUGAAAGAGCGUAUCCUGAAAUAAUUGUAGUGAAAAAAUCAUGCUGUAUGUACUUUGCUUCGCUGUUGUUGAGUGAUUUUUUUAAUAAAAAAAAAUACAAAAAAUAAA